CGCCUACGAGCUGCUCAAGUGGGAGGAGCUUUUGCGCAGCGGCGGCGGCGGUGGUGGUGGUGGUGGUGGUGGUGGUGGUAGCGGUGGUAGUAGUGACGGUGAUGGUGGUGGUAGUGAUGGUGACGGAGAAGGGGGAUUCGACGCCGCCGACUACGCCGAUGGCGGCUUCAAGCGCGAGCUGGAGUGGGGCGAGAUCGCCCGCGAGAUCGCCCUCAUGAAUAAGCCUUAUGCUCGAUGAGCUGGCUGGCUGGCUGUCUGGAUGAGCAAAAAGGGGGUGGGCACCUCCCCCGGUGGGAGUGCUUUCCUUCUUCCACUCCUACUUUAUCUAGCCUCUGGCUCACUCACCUUGCCUGUUUGUCAAGACGACACACUCCCCUUUCUUUCCUUUCCCUACGACAUUCCAUAUACUGUUUUAGUUACGCAAGCAAUCUCCGGCUUCCUUAUUUCUUUGUUUCUGUUGGGGCUCGAUCUUCGAAUUAUUAGCCUUUAUCCUUUGGCGGAAUGUUCUUAUAGGUAUGAUAUGGCAUUGGAUAUGCGGAUGGGCGGUUGUUACGAUUUGAAGGGUUUGAUUCGGUUGAUGACCUGGCGUCCAAGGCUUGUUUCUCAGUGCGCUAUGCGUUUGUUUGCUUUCUGUUUACUUCUCGGUCUUCUCUUGGAUAUGGGCGGGCUGGGGAGGCUCUGGAUGGGAUUGUGGGCCAACCACGGAAAACGAGGUUAUUUUGUGAAAUUGAAGCACGCCUUGUUCUUGUGUCUCGUUGAUGUGUUCGGUAUAACGAAUGGGUGUUGAUUCUUAUCCUCAUUGUUUUCUAGGUAUCAAAGCGGGGCGACGGUGAAGCAUUCAAAUGAAUUCAUCCAUCCCAGCUGCCUUCGAAA